ACUAAAGAAUACUUCACAAAUCUAAUGUGCAACUUACCGAUAUAGUAAUUUGAUCCCGUUCCUUUUUUUUCUUUUGCCCAUGUAGAUGGCUGGUUCCUCAAAUACAUGAUGUCUGUCGAGUGAGACGGCAUCAUCUCCAAACACAUUUUGGUCCAAUAUCUAUAGACAACAUAUCAAUCUCAAAACAGAAAGCUCGAUGGUGCUGCUAAUGCUGGCAUUUUUUAUCCUCGAUUUAUAAGUAGGAUGUGUUUGAGCACAAAAGGGCAUCAACUAAAUAGGGGCGCAAACAUGUCGGCGUUAGCAACACCGUUGAGCGUUCCGUUUGAGAUUGACAGGCCAUUAGCAAUGGACUUUGGUUGAAGUUAUACUUUCUUGCCAAUUGAUAUUGCACAGGGUGAUAAAGUGCUGUUGGCCUCUAAUUUUUGAUUGGCUAGGAGAAGGUUUUGUUGUAUGAGCAACAAUAAAUAUUACAGGCCUUAAUUAGCAAGAGUGCUCCAUGGAUGAAAGGAGAAAACGAAAACCAAUGUGGGGCAUGGAGGAGGAGACCAAACAUUUAUCUGGAACGAGUGAAAAUAGUUCUUGGAUGGGUAGUGGGCAUUAUCACGAGUUAUCUGAAUCGAGAACCACUACUACCCAAAAAUCUAGGGAUAAUUCUGGAUGGCCUACUUGGGAAUCAAUUGAAGAAAACCCAACCGAACCCAUGAAUACCAGUUUCAAGAAUGCGCCCGAAGGGAAGGAAAGAGGUGGAGGAAAAAGAUACUACGACGAUGUUUCUCCUGGAUUUGAUGGAGUGGAACUGCGUAGUCAUGACCAUACCCGUGAAUACGAUCAAUCCCAUUCUCAAAGGUACCUAGGAAGAGGCAGGAGUCGGAGCAGAAGCAGGGUUAGGGGCAGGAGUCGAAGUCCGAGCCCAAGUAGAGGCAGGGAAAGGGAAAGAGAAAGGGAAAGGGGAAGCGAUAGGGGAAGGGAAAGGAGAAGGGGCUGGAGCAGGAGUCGGAGUAGAAGCAGGACAGAUGGCAAUGCAAGGCAUUAUACAAGAAGCCGUAGUCCAAUCAGAGAUCCUAGACGCCAGUCUUAUGAAUUGAGUGACAGAAGAAGUGGUCCUGAAAAAUCAUCUCAGAUAUGUAGAGAUCUUGCUUCAGGAAGGUGCAAUAGAGGCAGCCAGUGCAGAUUUUUUCAUCCUCGCAGGGAUGGGGGCCACAUGGAAGAUGACACAACAGAAAGUUGGAGGAGCAGAGCAGCAGAUCGUAGCCGCAUUCCAAGACAUUCGUACGAUAGAGGCUCACGUAAUGAUGUUUCUGAUCCUUAUUACAGAGAAGAAGAUCAGUUUGUGAGCAGAAGUAGAGGUGCACCUCCUUGCAAGGAUUUCAUCCGAGGUGACUGUACCUGGGGAGAGAGUUGCAGAUUUUCUCACGAUGGUUUAGGCCAAAAAACUAGGAAUGCAUCCUUUGAUAAGGACAUUGACAGAGAACCGUACAAGAGUGUGAAACCUCUGUGCAAGUAUUUUGCAGCCGGGAAGUGUGGUAAGGAUAACUGUUGGUUCUCUCAUGAGAACCCCAAUCUUGAUAAGGUAGAAGCUAGGCGAGGCGGUGAUGUCACUGAGAGCCGCAGUCCACGUUACAAGAGUAACAGGCGAAGCAGUCCGACAUGGGAUGAUGAACCGAGAAUUUCGGACAGACGGAAUCACAUUGGGCGGAGUGAACCUAUUGCAAAUACUGAUGAUCUCAAUUACAAGGAUAACAAGUGGAAUGGUCCCACAUGGGAUGAUGCAACGAGAAAUUCGGACACGCUGAAGCACACUGGUUGGGGCGAACCUAUUGUUGCUAACGCAACAAAUACUGAUAAUUCUCAUGACGACCUCAAUCUUAGUAAGGUAGAAGGCAGGCGAGGUGAUGUGACUGACACCCGCAGUUCACAUUACAAAACUGACACGUGGAAUGGUCCGAAAUGGGAGGAUCCAACGAGAAUUUCAGAGAAGCCCCCUGGUUUUGGUGAGCCUAUUCUUGCUACUGAUAAUUCUCAUGAGGAACCCAGUCGUGCUAAGGCAAAAGGCAGGCGAGAUGAAGUCAUUGACAGCCGAAGUUCUCAUUACAAGAGUAACAUGUGGAAUGGUCCCACAUGGGAUGAUGCAACGGGAGUUUCAGACACACUGAACCCUACUGGUUGGGGUGAACCUAAUCGUGCUAAGACAACACAUACUGAUGAUUCUUAUGAGGAUCCCGAUCGAAAUAAGGUAAAAAGCAGGCGAGAUGAAGUCACUGGGGGCCGCAGUUCACAUGACAAAAGUAGCAGGUGGAAUGGUCCGACAAGGGGUGAUGCUACGGGAAUCUCAGACACACCGAAGUCCACUGGUUGGGGUGAACCUAUUCUUGCUAAGGCAACACAUACUGAUGAUUCUUAUGAGGAUCGUAAUCCUAGUAACGUAAAAGGCAGACGAGGCGAAGCCAUUGACAACCGCAGUUCUCAUCACAAGAGUAACAGGUGGAAUGGUCCCAUGUGGGAUGAUGCAACGGGAGUCUCGGACACACUUCAGCCUAGUGGCUGGGGUGAACCUAUUCCUGCUAUUGCAACAAAUACUGUUCAUUCUGAUUGGAGAGAAGGUACAGGUAUUUCCGUAAAUAGUGAGAAACAACCAUCACUUCCUGUAGAAAGUGUCAGUUAUGGCCAUGGACAGGACGCAUUACUGGAGAACCAGGAUUUCGCUAUUAAAGCCUUGCAGCAGAAAUAUUUCCCAGCUUCUAGUAUUCAACAGCAACAUGGGACAGCACUAGAAAAUAAUCAAACGAAUACGUUCGGUUCUGAUGUUCCUGCCGAGCAGAAGGAGGUCAGAUACACUACCGAUCCAAUUCUUUUUUCGGGACAAACUUUUAAUCAAAAUGAUGGAAAUAACGUGGCUGGGAAUUUAAUCUCACAUGAAGGUCAGAAUAUUUUCUGUCCUGACCCAUCAAAUGGAUUAAUCACCGAUCUGAAUGGGCCUGAUACACAUACAGUUGGACAGAUGGAUGUGCAAACGCAGAUUAUAAACAAUCGGAAAGCUGUUCAAUCAUCAGGGUUAUUAGAUGCUGGUCAACAGGUUCCUCCUUCCCCCCUUGUUAAGGAAUCUGUUGUUCGACCGAAUCCAGGUGCUGCUUCUUUUGAUCUGUCCCAUUCUAUGGGACAUGACAGAGAUAAUACCGAGAAACGAAAUUUAGCCCAAGGAACUGAACAGAAGAAUCAAAUGCAACUGAAACUAUCCUCUCCGUUUCCUGUAGUUUCUACGGGGGUCGAUAGGCUAAAUGUGAAGCAUCCACAAAGUCCACGACCGAGGCAAGAGGAAGCAGUUCCAAAUUCGGAAAAUGCAAUUGGCGACCAAAAUAAGAGCGGUCUAGAAAAUAAGCCUUCUGAAAAUCUGGAUGGUAUGAACAAGGAUGAAAAAGCGUUGUUUAUAUUCAAGAAUGCCCUCGUGGAAUUUGUGAAGGAGCUUUUGAAGCCUGCGUGGAAGGAAGGUCGAAUGAGCAGAGAUGCUCACAAAACCGUCGUGAAAAAGGUGGUCGACAAAGUUUCUGGUGCCAUCCCUGUCGAUCACAUCCCGAAGACGCAGGAUAAAGUCGAUCAGUAUCUGUCGGUUUCCAAACCCAAAAUUGCCAAACUCGUCCAGGCAUACGUGGAACGCUCUCAAAAGGCAGAUCCUUGAAUCAUGACAUUGAAAAUCCUUUUUGUAUUGUACUCAGUUAGCAUGAUGUGUUUAAGCCAGCAAACUAAUACCCUGCAUUUUUACAUUGUUUUGUUAGUGCAAAUUGUCCGGACUUAAAAAGAUGCUUUUCAGGACAAUAUUUCUUGAAUUCAGUGGUGUACCUAGACCGGUGCUUGUGAUUUGAGCCUACCAGAUUGUACCUCUUAA